UUUUUUUAUGCAAAUCAAAUUUUAUUAAGAUUUUUUUUUCAAAAGCGGACUUUUAUAUAAGCAAUUCUGAAUUUACUUCCGUUUCGACUUUUUCUCACCGGAAGAAGUCAGAAGAAACAAAAAAAUGGCGGAAUACACAGAUCUCGGUGGUGCAGGCGACGAACCUCCGGAACUCUCUGACAGCGAGGAUGAGGACCAGUGGAUGGAGGAAGAUGACGGACACGAGACAGAAGAGAGAGUGUCGUGCCUUUUCUGUGACAGAUUCCUGUGCUCGGUUUCUGAAACGCUCCGUCACUGCCGGGUCGAUCACGACGUUAGCAUAGCAGAUUUGGUGAAAAAACACAGGCUCGAUGAUUAUGGAUAUAUAAAGAUGAUAAACUACAUUAGAACGGCGAAGUGCAGCAUGGAGAGUUUGGCGUCGUGUUCAGGCGACGGUUUGCCGUGGAGAGGAGACGAGUUCAUGAAGCCGGCUCUGCCUGAUGACCCGCUGCUGCAGAUCGACGUGACCGAGCUGGGUGGUGACACAGCAGACGACGACGUGUCCACGUGGGUUCGGAGAGCGCAGCAGGCCGAGGAGAACCUCGGCCGAGCAAUGGAGGAUCUGCAGAAACUCAAAACUUUUGCACAGGGUCUGGUGCUGAAUUCGGACGUGACGCAGAAGUGUGUAGGGAGCGUAGCGGAACUGCGAGAGGACGAGGACGAGGCCUAUUUCAGUUCUUAUGGGCAUUACAGCAUCCAUGAAGAAAUGCUCAAGGAUAAAGUGCGCACUGAAAGCUACCGGGAUUUUAUGUUCGGCAACCCAGAUUUGUUCAAGGACACGGUGGUGCUAGAUGUGGGAUGUGGUACUGGAAUCCUGUCCAUGUUCGCUGCUCGUUCUGGGGCCAGGAAGGUCAUUGGUGUUGACCAAUCGGACAUCAUCUACCACGCCAUGGACAUUGUCAGAGCUAAUAAUCUCGAAGACACAAUCACGCUGAUUAAAGGCCGGAUAGAGGACGUGGAGCUUCCGGUGGAGAAAGUGGAUAUCAUUAUUUCAGAGUGGAUGGGUUAUUUCCUGCUUUUUGAGUCCAUGCUGGAUUCGGUGAUCUUCGCCAGGGAACGAUACCUCGCAGAGAGAGGUUCAGUUUAUCCGGACCUAUGCACCAUUAGCCUAGCAGCUGUGAGCGACUCUGAGAAACACCGCGAUCGUAUCGCGUACUGGGACGACGUGUACGGCUUUAAGAUGUCCUGCAUGAAGAAGGCAGUGAUUCCCGAAGCCGUGGUCGAGGUUUUGAACCCCGAAACGGUCAUCUCAGAGUCCACUGUUAUUCAGACAUUGGACUGUAAUGCUGUCACUCUCUCUGAGCUGGAGUUUAGUGCUGAUUUUACCCUGAAGAUAACAGCUAACUCGUACUGCACCGCUGUGGUGGGCUAUUUUGAUAUUUUUUUUGACCGAGCCUGCACGAACAAGGUGAUGUUCUCCACAUCUCCUCAGUGCACUAAGACUCACUGGAAGCAGACAGUCUUCCUUCUGGAGAAUCCAAUCCCUGUACAAUCAGGUGACGAACUGCCCGGGCGAAUAACAGUCUGUAAAAACAAGAAGGACCCGCGAGCUUUAAUCGUCACACUAAACAUCGCUGAUGGGAAGCAGACGUACUGCGUGCAGUAAAACACUGACUGGGCUCAAACAGCUUCUCAUACACAGUUCUUUUAUUAUGUAAUGAAACUCAAAGAAUUUGGACUAGUUUUUUUAUUUUUUUGUUGGUCGUGACUGAAUGAUUGAGUUUUCUCCCCCCGAGCACACGCCAUUCAGACUUUCAAACAUUAUGAUCUUAUAUCUGAAUGAUUGUCUUGAGGCCAUUUUUCCUCCAUCUGUUUAAAAUUCAGUCGCUGAUGUACAAAGCGCUGAUGUGAGAUUUAUACUUCACUGAUCAGCACUGCUGAGGCUAAAACUCAUCCUCAUCAUCUUUCCACAUCAUGCAUGCGAAAAUUCUACAGUGAUAAACUGGAUCUGCGGCAUUAGCGAUGCUUAAUAAUUUGUUUUUAACACAAAGUCUCACCUGUAGUGUUUGAAUCAUUUAAAAAAUCUAAUUAAAAUCCAAUUGUUUUAAACUA